GUCGGGGGCUUGAAAGUCAGCUUUGGGUUGUACUUACUUCUUUGCAGGGCAGCAAAACUAUCCAACAGCUGUGGCUGUGGAGAUUGAACAGACGCAAAGAGCGCAUCUUUCGCCGAUGUGAUAGGAGGAGACAGUCAGAAGUAUGAGAAGUUUCCCAUCGAUUCAGAUCUGUACGGCCCAAUACAGUGUUUUCGUUCAACUUGUUCUCCAACUUUCUCUGGUUUUCGACGUCAUGGCAUCUUCGUCUUCUACGUCGCCUUCCUUGCUGCAACGGGGGAGGCUCUUCCGCAAGGAAGUUUUUCUUGACCCGGAGCAGCAAAUUGCACCAGCCGAGGGUGGCAGUGCAGUCUACUUCGUCGAGCCCUUGCACGAAAACAUGGGUUUAGAAAUCGAGCGGCUGGCGUGCCUGGUAAACGAAGCCUACGAAUAUGGGGAGCGCGGGAUGUGGAAGUCUGGCUGGUCUGGCCGCACGUCGGCGCGUGACCUUCGCGAGAAGUUGCAGAGGGGGCAACUAUUAGGGCUCUUCGUCAGUGGUCGUGCGCCAGGGUCUCGAAGAAGGAAAUCGCGGCUACAAACAGCAGAACAUCAGGGUGUGUCUGCGGAGGAGCAAGUGACGCGGAGAACUGAAGAUGAGAGCUCUUGCACGGCCAGGGAUGAUGAUCUAGCGGAAGGGCAUAAGACCACGACAAUACGACCCGAGCUGAUUGGUCAGGUGUUUGUGGACGUGGAUUUCGCGCCGGACACAGCCGAAUUCGGUAUGUUGGCAUUGCGCAGCGACUACCGUCAGCAGGGCCGGGGAAUGGAGUUUCAGAGCGACCCCGUCCCUGCGAGGCCCAAGGGCUUGGCGCGCGCCCUCGUGAGCGCCGCGGAAGAGUACGCGAAAGAGCGAAGGCCGGGCCUGCAACUCAUGCGCUGCGGUAUCCUCCUCAACAAAAAGAUCGCGUCCCCAAAGCUCCAGCGAUUCCUUAAGAGCGAUACGUAGCCGCCUCGUGUGUUGUGUGAGCCUGUUAGGUAAUCGUGGCAGACUAUUUUUGUAUUUCUGACCGUGUACAAUUUCAAUUUACCUCUACGGAGUCCGUCCUCGCGCGUACGAGGAUUAGUAAAAGGUAGCUUCGCGAUCGUGCAUGGAUCUGAGGUGCCCGCUCUAAUAACAGUUCAAGUUUUUUGUACUCAGGGCCCCAAGCAAAGGCAUCCAUCUGACGCUACGGAUUGGGUCUGAUUAUUUUUGCUCAGGAGACGCGAGCUGUUGGAGCCCGCCGAUUACGAGCAUCCGGUAAAGAGACGGCUGCAUUCCUGGUAUACGAGUAUGGGGUACCUUCCGCAACCUGGGGAUUGCUUUGAGUCUUUCUUUGUGCCGACCUUUCCACACAUCGCGGGUCAGUUGGCGGGAAUAUGCAAGAUUACAGUAUACUUGAAGUCGCUUCUCGAUGAAUGAUUGGAACGAGAGUUCUUUCACCAAAGCGUAAAGGGUUUGAUUGGUACUACGUACGAGACUAAUGUUACAUGUGAAAUAAAUGCAUCAAACCAGCUGCAUCAUGACCAAAUAGUACCCUCGUUUUUAUUUGCUUCAUCGGGUCUUGUAGAUGGG